AUCAGUAUUAAUAAUUAAAUAGGAAUUAAUCCAUUAAAUGUAUAAAUGUUGUCUAACAAAAGCGACACAGUACGCCGUGCGGUAUGUUUAUAGAUACAUUAUUCAGAAAUGGAAAUAAAUUACGACGAGGAUGUAUCUCAAAAUCCAUUUUUAGAAAAACUUAGGAAUUUUUACGAACCUACUUUACGAUUAGCCGCACACGAAGGUUGGAUUGUGUGCGUUCCUCGUUGUGGUACCUUUACAAAAGAUAUUUUGUACAAAGAAGAUGUAGAAGAACAUAUUUUGAUACCAGAUUAUGACAUGUCUAAAACUUCAUUUCGUUCUUUAAGCAAUAAGAAUGUGAAGCUUCUAAAUAGAAUAUUAACUGUAAAUUAUGAAACACCAAACUCAUAUCCCUUACGUUUGCUUUUCGAAGAGACAUUUUAUAACGAAGAUUCAUGGAAGUAUCGAAUAUGGUGCAUAGAAUGUCCUAUAAAUUGUGAAACGCUAUCAUCACAUAAUCAUCUGACUAUCAUAACGAAUCAUCAAGAUGCUAUAAAUUUACUUUGGUCUGAACUUGAUGAAAAAGCCUAUACAGCUUUAGAAGCGAAUUUAAAAGAAUUUCAAAAAAUAUAUUUAAAUAUAGAAAAACCAUCGUUAGAAACAUUGAAGAAUUCUGUCUUUCAAUUAUACUCAAAUUCCAUUGAAAUGAUACUGAAGGAUAAGAAAUUUAAUGAUACAAGUAUUACUUCCACAUAUCUCAUUCAAAAUAUAAAAAUUGCAGUUGAAACAUAUAUAUUACAUACAUUAAGAAAAAUUCUUCCAAAAUCAAUAUCUAUUUAUAUGGCUAAUGAUGAUGCUAAUUUGAAUAAAAUAAUAAGAAAUUUAACCGAUUUGAAAUUUGAUGAUUUAGGAAUACAUUUAGAUCUGUAUACUAAUAUUCACAGAGGAAAAUUAGAAUUAUCACAUAUAGUUUGUUACAUGACAGUCUUAGAAAAACUUGAUUGCCUCAGAAGAAGUAUUCGUUAUAUAUCUCAAGGAGUAUCUUCUAUUUCAUCAGAUGAUUUAUUACCUAUACUAGUAUACCUUGUCAUCAAAACUAGUUUAUCAAAUUGGAUAGCACAAAUAACUUUCAUAAAACAUUUUCGUUUCUCAGCAAAUAGCAUUAAUGAAGCGGAUGAACUUGCUUAUCUAACAACAUCUUUAGAAGCAGCAGUAGAAUAUAUAAAAUCUGGUGCAUUAAUGGAAAAAAAUAGAAUGAAUCAUAUUUCUGAUUCAGAACAAAAACAUGAAAAAAAUGAAAGUGAUAAACGCACAUCUAUAGAUUAUUUAUUUACAUGCAUAAUAAAAGGUGAUUUAUCAGAAGUGGAAAAUUUAUUAUCAUCUGACAUUAUCAACUUGUAUAAUCAAAUUCCUUUAUGUCACCCAUUGUGUACUUGUGAAUCUUGUGAAGUAUCUUUAGCUAAAAAUCGUCUUUUAAAUCGACCAACAAUAUCCUCAAAGAACGAACAUGGUUCUACAGCCCUUCAUAUAGCAAGCUUUUAUGGAAAAGUAAAUAUUGUGGAUUAUCUUUUAAAUCAUGGAGCUGACACAAACGUAACUGAUAAUGAUUCGUUCACGCCUCUUCAUUGUGCGUUAAUGAAAGGCCAUCAAAAUAUUGUAUUACUACUUUUACAUGCAAAUGCAAAUCCUAUAAUAGUGGAUAAUUAUGGAAAUACAGCAUUACAUAUAGCUUCUGAUCGUGGACAUGAAGGUUGUGUGAAAGCUCUGCUUUACUUUGCAGAACAUACAAAUUUAUUGCUUAAUGUUAAUUCUUCUAAUAUUGAUGGUGAUACACCUCUGCAUCGUGCAUCUAAAUGGGGAUAUUUAGGUAUCAUAGAAGUUCUUCUAGAAUAUGGAGCAAAUUGCAAAGUUAAAAAUAAAUGGGGUCAAACAUCUUUUGAUGUUGCACAAAGUGAACGAGUAACAAUAUUAUUGCAACAUAUCACGUCAAAUGUUGUAAUUCCUUGCACAGUAAAAGUUCAUAAUCCAUUACCAAUUUUACAAUUGUCUCCAAAAACUGAAAGUAAAUUAAAAUCCAAAUGUUCUCCUGACAUCCAUAUUACUUUACAAAUUAAUAAAUUAUUCGCUGCAAUUAGCGAGGGCGAUAUACACUUAGCAAAUUAUUAUCUUGGAUGGAGUAAUCAGAAUAAACAAAUGACAGUACGAUCAGAUCUUUGUCAUCCAUUAUGUUACUGUGAACGGUGUGCUCCAAUACAUGAAUAUUCGGAAAAAAGAAACAAAAUACCAACAAUCAUUUUUAAUUCUUAUAAUAAUAAUGGCGAUACAAUUUUGCAUGUUGCGUCUACCGUUGGAUCUUUAGAAAUAAUUCAAUUACUUUUAGAUGCAGGAGCAGACGUUAAUGUAACAACGAAAUUUGAAGGUCGCACUCCAUUACAUUUAGCUUGUUUAGCUAAUAAAAUACAAGCGGUAAAAAUAAUUUUAGAUUGUGCUGCAUGCAAUAUAAAUGCCAAAGAUUUGAAUGGGGAUACUCCUCUUCAUUUAGCAACUAGAAAUAUUGAUACAAAAAUCAUGGAAUUACUAAUCCGAAGUGGUGCUAACGUGAACAUUCGUAAUUUACAAAAUGUAACGCCACGUUUAGAGCUCGAAAAACAAAUGUCUAAAGAAGUUGCAAAUAGAAUAUUAAAAUGUAAUUCUUUAGAAUAUCCAGGUCAUUAUUUUUCAGGAAUUGAUUGAUUGAUAAAUAAUGGAAGUACCGUCAUUAUGAAUUGAUCGAUUUAACUAAAGUGAUUAGAUGUCAUAUCUAUAAAUAUUAUUAGACAUUUUUUUUCUAUCAAUAUACCGUCUAUACAUUUUAUUUUUAUAUAUUUACAUUGUGUACAUAUUUUGAAAAUAUAAAUCGCGUAAAAAUGGUUAGUAAUAUCAUUUUAUUUUUAUUUUUAAAAAAUAAAAAUAAAUAUAUUACUUUACAAUUUUAUUAUUAUUUUGCCAACUUUGAGGAAUCAUAUUGUUUGCGCACCAUUAUUCUAAAGGUAUUACAUCCUAAGUUAUGUGUAGCAAGUGCCUUUUAACAUAAUAUUACUUGAAUUAAGUACUUGUAUGUUUAGCGUACUAUAUAAAAUUUAUUCGCAAAGUAAACGUUCCAUCACUGCAUUUCAUAACAUUUUGUUUGUACUUUUUCUUCGUUCGCCAAAGUUUGUUACGUAUAAAUUCAUAAUUUAAUUAUAUUAAUUUUGAUAAAAAUGUUAAAUUGUAUAAAUUAUUAAUAAUUAUUAAUAAUCAAGCUCGACUUGUUGAAACAAAUGCUUUUUUGUACUAUUUUUCUAUUUCUACAAAUAAUUAGUAAUUAUUUUCGUCAUGGUUUCAUAAAUUAACAUUAUUGUUAUAUAUAGAAUUAUUAUAAAAUUGUUUUGGACAAAAGAUCACAGAGAUACUAAGGCAUUUUAAGGAUCAUUUUAAUGAUCAUUAAAGAUUUAGAAAUUCCAUUUAAAAUUGUAUAACUUUACGCUUUGAACCGUAAAUAAAGAUAAAUGAUUAAUAACAAUGAGAAAUCUUCUUUUCAUAAAAAGAUUAGAUACUCCUGCCAUAAAUAAUAUAAUCUUUAUAUAAUCUGUUAUCAACUAAAAACAGCUAUGCAAUUAUAAAUUGUUAAUCGUAAAUUUACGCCAACAUUUACUUAACGAUACAAUAUUCAUACCAUAUUUUUUUCACUAAUAUGUACACGCCGUUUACUCAAUAAUAAUAUGUAAAUUAUACAAUUUUAUGACUGUACAAAAGAAUUUCAAUGAAAAAAAGGACAACUUAUUCUUAUACAUCCUGUCCAAUCAUAUCAAAUCGCACAAGUCAAUUUAUAUUUUUAUGUGCAUAUGUGUAUGUUUUGUAUAUAGAUUAAAGGUGAUUAAGAUACUAGUAAUAGUUCGUUAUGACUACGAAAGAGAUGUGCACUGAUCUGUGGUCUGCAUGGAAAUGCGAUGCACGAAGUAAUCAUGGGACCAAUUUAUGUUUGUUUUUAUUUAAGAUUAAAACGCCUUAUGUCGAUAAUUAUACAUUCUCGUUACAGUUGUGCGAACAUUUCAAUAUUUGGACAAACCACCACGCGGACGCUAUUGUUUUUGUUAUUAGUUAUAUGCACCUUAUUAUAUCUAUAAAAUCAUAAAAAUCUACAUAAUAAUAAACUAUCCGUAAUAUAAUUUUAAGAGAAAAAGCUUAAUAUUUUUCUUAUAUCUUUUAUUAAGAUAUAAAAAUUUGUUUGCUCCCAGCAUUAUUAUUAUCACUAAGUCUUUGUAAAAAUUGACAAAAUUUGUAAUAAUUUCCAAUUGUUUUGUAUUAUGAUCAGUCUCUCCAUCUAUAUAUAUAUAUAUAUAUAUAUAUAUAUAUAUAUAUAUAGAUAGAUAGAUAGAUAGAUAUUUCUAACUGAUAACAGAAUACCUAACUUGGCGGUAAUAUCCAUGUCGACGGUUCGAUAAUUCUUUUUCUUUCUUGUUUCCUCCUAUGUCCGCGAUAUCUAUUUCUAUUUGGACUCCAAUCAAUAUCUCUUUCUUGUAUUUUAUUUACUGAUAUAGAAAUUAAUUGAUUUUCUUGUGUUUCAUUGUUUUCCAUCUCGUUAGGAUUAACAAAAUUAUAUUGUAUAUGGUAAUAAUGUUUUAAACUUGAUUCGUUACGAAACUUUUGCAUUGUAAUCCAAACGUGACAUAAUAAACACGGAAAUCUAGUAAGCCAAUAAUCCGUAAAUUUGUCAGGAACUUCACCUAAGCUUUCUUGUGCAGCUGGCGUUAAUUCCCUAUAAUGAUGUUUCUGAAAGAAUCAGUCAAGAAAUUAUAU